AACGAUCUGGCGAUGGUCAAUAGGAAAGCCGAGCCUCUUAUAGUCUGGAGUGUAGAGUAAUCACGCCCAGAUUGCGCACAGGUGUGUGCACUCAGGUUGAAAGUGAGGAGCUGCCCUGGAAUCCACACCUGUGAACACACCCACACCGAAGAACACGCCCCCACACAAACACAGAAAGAAAAGAGAACAAUCCCAGGGGCAGCCGGGCUGCCUCAUGACAUUUUAUGAAUCUGCUUUAUGAACGUACAGAGAUGGGACAAUAAAGGAGAGAGACUGGAGAAAAGUGACAAACAUGAUUGAAGUUCCUCACAAAUAGUUGAGUCAUAAGCUGAGCUGAGUCAUCACUUCUUAAGUCAAUGCCCCUGUAUUUUGCUAGCUUGCAACCGAUGUCUCAACAGCUGGUUCACUGGCUCUUUGAGGGCAAAUGAACAAAUAAUUUGUCAACAUUGUGUGAAUCACAUUUCAUUAUCUUUAGACAGAGCCAGGUUUGCUGUUUUCCCAUGCUUCAUAUUUACUGUACAGACAUGAAAGUGGCAUUGACCUUCUCAUCUAACCGUGGGCAAGAAUGACAAUAAGCUAAUUUCCCAAAAUGUUGAACUACUCCUUUAAUAUAAGACCUUUAAUUCUGUAUUGUAAUUGCAUUUCAUAAAACAGACCACCAUUUCUCCUUAGUCACAGAAUGAAAGCAGAAAGGUCUCGAUUUUCCUUUUUAUAGUGGAUUUGUUCCAAUUUGAAUUAGAUUUAAUAAUAGAUAAAUAUUUAGACAUAAGUCUACUGACCUGUAAAAAAAAAAAAAAAAAAAGAAUCUAGAACUCAGACGCAUGUCAGCCAUCAAUAAUGCAAACGUUGGCAUUUCGUUUGUUUUGCAGCCCUGUCGUCAGUGAUGCAUCACUGCUCUUCCUGUAGCUCAGGAAGCAGCGGUGCUGGUUUGUUAGGAGAGGGGCUGAAUACUGUGGGAAAAGGCCCUGUUACACUGAAGAUGAGGACAUGGGAAGUGUGAGAAAAGCUGUGUGGAAAGACAUUUCCCCAGUCGUUGGGGUAGAGUGAAGUUUCAUCAUUCAAGUGGAAAACUACAGCUCGCUGUUUAUCUGCUCAGGAGGUCUAUAUCCUGCUCUGACGUGGUUGGAGACUCUGAGGAUCUCACAAUCAGGAGAAGGCGGAUCUUGUUGUAGCAGGACGUAGAAUAACCUUUACAUCUUUUACUCUUUCAGCUCCGGAAGAUAAAGAGGAGGUCUGAGAACUGGGUCCAGUGAGGGGAGGGGUGAGGAGGAGGAGACAGGAACGAAAAAAAAGACAGUGAAGCAGAGAGGAGGACAGACAGAAGAGAAGAGAAGCAGUGAUAGCGACAGCUGAUCAGAGACUGUUGAUCAAAGAUGGAUUUAAAUUUGCUUCAAGCACUGGAGAGAGAAAAUGUCCUUGAGGUUCUUCGGAGAGACAAACAGCUACGCAUCAUUGAAGAGGACAGAAUUAGGAGGAUGAAAUGCGAGCUCCAGGAGCUUCGAAGGAGAGGUGCCAAGAGUUUUGCCCGGCAGUACGGUGAGCGGACCUGCGCCCGCUGCCAGAGGCCUCUGGGAAAGUUCUGGAACUCCGGCGCAGUCUGCCGUGGCUGCAGCCACCGGAUCUGCAGCAGGUGCCGCGUAGGCGUGGGAACGGCUGACUGGAAAUGCACGGUCUGCCAUGCCUACAGGGAGGUGAAGAUCAGGUCUGGAGAGUGGUUCUUAGAGGAAAAGGCAAAGAAAUUUCCGGUCGCCACAGACAAAUAUGAAACAGUUGGGGAGAAGAUAUUAAAGACCUACAAUGUGCUGAGUCAUAUAUCAGUUGUGCCACCCACUCCUCCUCCCCAUUUGGAUUACCAGUUCCUGAGCAGAUCUGGGGAUUUGAAAAACUCAAAACCCUUCACCAAAUCUAUGGAAGAUCUGAUGGUUUCUUUCACGAGCCAUAUCAAAAAGAUUUCAACUUCUCAAAAUGAUGUGCGAGGAGACCGGCUGAAAGUUGACAACAAUCGCAAAAGGUCCUGCUUCAAGUACAGCACCCAAAAGAGCCUGUCUGACACCGACAUCAACAUGUCUGCCCAUCUCUUUAAAGUCCCAAGUCUCCCAAACCUGUUCAAGAAAAGCAAAGACAGUGACCAGGAAGGCUCCUCCACUGGGGCAGAAGAGGAAACGUCUUUCAGUUCUGAGUACUCUGGAGGAAAGAGAGGCAGUAACAGCAGCAUCAGCACAGAUUGCGGCCUCUUUGAGAGCGUCAACGUGACGGGAGAGCUGGAGCUGGCUCUGCAAUACAACUCCAACACCUCCUGUCUGGAGAUCACGGUCAGCGCCUGCAGAAAUCUGACAUAUGGAGACAUCAAAAAGAGGAAGUGUCACCCAUACGUCAAACUCUACGUGCUGCCAGAAAAGAGCAGCAAAAUGAAGACGACGGUGAAGAAAAACACGACUGAUCCAGUUUAUAAUGAAGUUUUGAAGUAUCAAAUAGAGCGCCACCUACUGUUUGGAAAGAGACUGCAGGCCUCCGUGUGGCAUUCAAGAAGCCUGAAAAGGAAGGUGUUUCUAGGUGAGGUCCUUAUUCCACUGGAUGGCUGGAGAGCUGAGGACAAAGCCUCUGAACGCUUCAACUGGUACCCACUGUGUCCAAAGGCUGAGAGUUCAGAUGGAGGCGCUACAGAGCAGGAGUUCAGCUCCAGCUUCCAGGGUGUCUGACUCCGGGAGUAGGCAGAGAGAGCUCGUACUGACAACGCCCCUUUCUGUCGGUGAGACCAGGCGUCUCACCAGCUGCUAUCUGACUCAGUCUCCAGAACAUCUCUGUGAACCUGGAUCUGUGGGACCAAACCUCCUCCUGCCUCUCUGAGGGACCCCUGGGAGGGGCUCAAAUAGACCCUGGUAACAGCAGAGAUUUCCUUCUUCUCAUCCUAAAUAACUAAUUCUCUGGUAACUUGUCUAUUUCACAUUUUCUAAGCUGUAAACAAGCAAUUAAUGAAUGGCUUAUAACACACUAUAACUUAUUUGUAAGCAGAUAAAAGGAUAUUUUUAAGUAUUGAGCAAUGUAUUUGUUAGCAACAGCUACAACACACAGCUCCUCCUGAAAAGUAUUUCUGACAGUUAAUGAAUGAUUACAAUAUAAAAUAAGAAAGGCCGAAAAGUACAAAACAAGAAAGAUUAUAUAUCUUAGUACUUUUUAGGAACAUGAAAUGUGAUGUAUUUAUUUGUAAUUUUUAUUUGUUAAUUAUAUUUAUUAAUAAAGUAUUUAUU